GUGGAUAGUGAAGGGUCCCACACUCCUGGAGUGGAGGGUCUGUGUCAAGAGCGGCAGGGGCUGCUUGGAGAUACUGGACUACAGUGGCUAUGACAGACUCAGACAUGGGACCAUGAAAGGCUGAGGCAUAAACCUUGAACUACAGCUUGACUGACAGACUGGUGAGUAAUGGAAUGAGAGCUGCACCUGAGACAUCCUACACUCCCCUUGGGUUCCUGGUGUGCCACUGGCUUCUGCCCUUCUUUCUCCAAGCACAGCCUUCCCCAUAAUGGCAGAGAUGGUGGCAGAGGCAGCUGAGAUACCAACACAGUCACCAGGAGCAGUGGAAAUUUCACCCGCCAUGUCAGGAGAGCUGGCAGAGAUGGCGACAGCCGUGACUGAGAUGACCUCUGGAGAGGCCCUUGCCUCGUCCCUCUUCUUCCAGCACCACCAGUUCAUGUGCUCUGAGUGUGGCAGCCUCUACAACACCCUGGAGGAAGUCCUCUCUCACCAGGAACAGCACCUGCUCACCGUGUCCGAGGAGGAGACGCUGACCACCCAGGACAUAGGCCUGGAGCCUGAGCUGGUACCUAGCACUGGGGAGGGACCCUUCCAGUGUGGUGAAUGCAGCCAGCUCAUCCUCUCCCCCAGCGAGCUCCUCGCCCACCAGGAUGCCCACCUGCAGGAGUCUGCAAGCCAGAUCCAGUACCAGUGUGGAGACUGCCAGGAGCUCUUCCCCUCACCUGAGCUGUGGGUAGCUCAUCGCAAAACUCAGCACCUUUCCAGUGCAGCGGACGAGCCACCGCCUCCUUUGCCUCCCCCAACACCACCCCCACCACCCCUACCGCCACCAGAAGUCAAGAUGGAGCCCUACGAGUGCCCCGAGUGUUCCACCCUCUGUGCCACCCCUGAGGAGUUCUUGGAGCAUCAGGGCACCCACUUUGACUCCCUGGAGAAAGAAGAGCACAAUGGGUUAGAAGAGGAGGAGGAAGAUGGGGAGGAGGUGGAAGAGGAGGAAGACGACGAUGAUGAAGAGACUGAUGAGGAGGAAGCGUCCACAGAGCUCACUGCUGAUGACACGGGAGGCAACAAGUCCACGGCCGACUCGGCUCAGAGCUGUGGGGAUUGUCCCCAGCACUGUACCUCUUCAGGGGCACACCGCAAACACCAAAGGGCAUCUCACGGCCCAGCCUCAGCCACCCAUGCCUUCCACUGCAGCCAGUGUCAGCGCAGCUUCAGCUCAGCGAACCGACUGGUGGCUCACGGCCGGGCGCACGUGGGUGGCACCCAUGAAUGUACCACUUGCUCUAAGGUCUUCAAGAAGGCGGCCUCUCUGGAGCAGCACCAGAGGCUGCACCGUGGGGAAGCCCGCUAUCUCUGUGUGGACUGUGGCCGUGGCUUUGGCACUGAGCUCACACUAGUGGCCCAUCGGCGGGCCCAUACUGCCAACCCACUGCACCGCUGUCGCUGUGGCAAGACCUUCAGCAACAUGACCAAGUUCCUGUACCACCGACGAACUCACUCUGGGAAAAGCGGAACCCCCACCAGGGUAGCAGCUGUCUCCCCAGCUCCAGCUGAGCCCACGCCCCCACCCCCGCCCCCACCUGCCCAGCUGCCCUGUCCACAGUGCCCCAAGUCCUUCGCCUCAGCCUCCAGGCUGUCCAGGCACCGGCGUGCCGUGCACGGCCCCCCUGAACGCCGACACAGGUGUGGGGUCUGCGGCAAGGGCUUCAAGAAGCUCGUCCAUGUGCGCAACCACCUGCGGACACACACGGGCGAGAGGCCCUUCCAGUGUCACUCCUGCGGCAAGACCUUUGCUUCUUUAGCCAACCUCAGCCGCCACCAGCUGACCCACACAGGAGUGCGUCCCUACCAGUGCCUGGACUGUGGCAAGCGCUUUACACAGAGCUCCAACCUGCAGCAGCACCGGCGACUACACCUUCGGCCUGUGGCCUUUGCACGCGCCCCUCGCCUUCCCAUCACGGGUCUCUACAACAAGAGCCCCUACUACUGUGGGACCUGCGGCCGUUGGUUCCGCGCCAUGGCAGGCCUUCGGUUGCAUCAGAGGGUCCAUGCCCGAGCAAGGAGUUUGACACUGCAGCCUCCCAGAUCACCCUCUCCGGUCCCACCCCCACCCCCUGAACCUCAGCAGACUAUCAUGUGCACAGAGCUUGGAGAGACCAUCGCCAUCAUCGAGACAUCCCAACCGCUGGCACUGGAGGACACACUGCAGCUAUGCCAGGCGGCACUUGGGGCCAGUGAGGCGAGCGGACUGUUGCAGUUGGACGCGGCCUUUGUGUGACAUGGUGCAAGAGCAAUGAGAAAAGGGGUUUGCUUACCAGCUUGUGUCUGGGCACCUCAGGGGAGAAGAGGACCCCUCCUGGCAAGCUAACCUGGCACCCACACGCGAGGGUCCACCCUGCUGGCCUCUCCUAACUGCUGACUCCUCAGGCUUCCUCCUGUUCCCUUCCCCUGCCCCAGAUGAAAUGGAAGCUCUGACGAGAGAUGGGAUCUGUCUCAGUCCCUCCCAACUGCGUUGCAGAACGGGGUUUGCCGAGGCUCUGCACGGCAUCACCCGGUGCUCAGCAACAUCAGGUAACCUUUAUUGAGCACCAACCAUAUGCCAGGCCUGUGCCAGACACUCCCAUAUACCUCUUAAGAUCUUCUGCUUAAGACUCCCCCCAACUCCUGGACUGGGGUGUUUGGGACUUAGCUCUCCCUGGUAUAGGAAGGCACUUAGUUUCAUGAGGCUUGCUGCACUUCAGUUUUGGCAGUAUGAACUCUGUAGGCAACCCCCGUACUCAGCCCAGCCUGGGGGACGUUAAAGGCCCAGGAAGGAACCAGUCACAGCUCCACACCCAGGCAUGCUCAGCCCAGGAUACAGACAGCUAUACAGACAGUGCUGCCUGGGGCCCACUCAGCCCGUGUGCCCAAGCUUCCCUCACACGCCAUGGUGCGGCAGGCUAAAGGAGAGUCAGGUCUGAGGAGUCCUGGGGCUGAGGUGGGGAUGUGCAGGGACAGUGGAACUGCGAAGAGACUUCCUAGUGGUGCCAGUUCCUGAAGUAAAAGUAGGACACUGCCAGCCCAAGAGGAAAAUAGCCUUUCAGGCAGGCCGUCCAGUUACAACUGCAGUAUCAGGCAGGACACUUACUGUCCCUCAGUCCUGAGAUGGACCUGUGUGCCAUCCUGGCUGUACCCAGGGUCUCGGGCUGGGUGGGGGCACCGUGAGAUGAGAGUGCUGUUCUUAGACCCAUCUCUAUUGCUCUGAGUAAGACCUGACCCCUCAGUGACCACAGAGAACACUUGGCCCAGCCCUGACCCAGAGCAGCCAUGCUCACCCUGCUUCCUAACUGGCUGGGAUGGAAGGAUGAGAUCAGUCCUGCAGAGCAGAAAGGUGCCCCUGGGGCUGACGUCAGCAUCUAGCAGGGCCCCAAAUCUCCCUCCCCUCAAGGAUAUGUUCCAAAAUUACUUUUUCUGCAUCAGUAGAAUCCAUCAGGAGGACCCACAGUUGCUCCCUCCCAGGUCCCCUCUCUUUCUAGAGCAUCCUACCCACUCACUGCUUGGCACCAUGUAGAGAUACCAUCUCCUUCUGCCCAGGGUUCUCACCAUCUGGCUCCAGCAUAUUUUAAAAGUCAAGGGAAAGAGCCAGGCAGAGUGGCACAAGCCUGUAAGCGCAGUGUUUGGGGAUCCUAAGGCAAGAUGAUCUUGAGUUCCAGGAAAGCCUGAGCUAUGCUGGAAGACCAGCUCAAAACCAGAGAGAAAGAGAGAAGAGAGCUAAACUCUCAACCUCCACCUUCCCACUACCCGUAAGACAAAUAAAGCAGGUGGGCAACAUGCUUCAGACAGGGCAGCUUAUACCUUAGGAGUCUGCCCAUCUGCAUAGGUACCCAUCCCACUGAGUCUACCUGAGAGGCCAUCAUCCAGGCUCGCUCACUCAGCACCCAGGAUGCUAACACAGAGUUUGUGCCAGGAAGUGGGCAGGCUCCAUGUCUGUGGUAGUCAAGCAUUAAGGGCACAAGGGUUUCUGGCCUCUCAGUAUCCCCCUGCCUCAAGUGGAACUCAUUGCAAACCCUGAACCCCUCCCUCCCUCUGUAGAAACAAGCAGCCAGACGGGAAGAAGGGUUU